CACAGAGGGCAGGUGCGGCUAGUUCAGGGAGGAGUUCCUGCAAGUGUGCAUCUGAUACAGUCCUUAUCCGAUUCUGAUGAUGACAAUGACAGUGCGUGGGAGGGAUGCUUGGGAGAUCGCUACAACCCUCCUGUUGAUCCAGCUCCAGACACUGCUGUACUGGAUCAGAGCCAGAUCAGAACCCAAGUUCUACUAGCUACAGGGAGGUUAAGCGCACGCACAGAGCAGAAUAUUACCCGACAACUGUUGGAGAGAGUGCGGGGAAGGUAUGGUUUUUCUCACGGAGAGCGAUGCCGUAUGACUUCAAAUUUUCUGCCAAACAAUGUGUCUGCCACAGAUACAUACUCCCAAAAGGCAUUCUGCGGAGUAUAUUCUCAAGAUGGUGCAAUCUUUAUGUCGGCCUGCCAGGAUCAAAAUAUUCGCCUCUAUGACUGCCGGUAUGGAGCCUUCAGGAAGUUCCGGACUGUACGGGCCCGAGAUGUGGGCUGGAGCGUACUUGAUGUGGCUUUCACUCCAGAUGGAGCACACUUCUUGUACUCUAGCUGGUCCGAUUACAUUCAUGUCUGCAACAUAUAUGGUGAGCCGGAGUCACACACUGCACUGGAUCUCUGUCCCUCAGAGCGACGUUUUGCUGUUUUCUCCCUCACAGUAUCUUGUGAUGGACGGGAAGUGCUUGGUGGAGCCAAUGAUGGAUGUGUGUAUGUGUAUGACCGAGAGCAGAACCGUCGAACACUAAAGAUUGACUCUCAUGAAGAUGAUGUGAAUGCUGUUGCAUUUGCCGAUGACAGCUGCCACAUUCUAUAUUCUGGAGGAGAUGAUGCUCUAUGUAAAGUGUGGGACCGUCGCACAAUGCGAGAGGAUGAUCCUAAACCAGUGGGGGUGUUAGCCGGACAUCAAGAUGGGAUCACCUACAUUGAUAGCAAGGGAGAUGCGCGAUAUCUCCUCUCUAAUUCCAAAGACCAGAGCAUUAAGCUGUGGGAUAUCAGGCGGUUUUCAGGACCAGAGGGACUUGAAGCCUCACGCAGAGCUGUAACACAGCAGAACUGGGAUUACAGGUGGCAGCAGGUGCCCAAAAGAGCUCUCAGGAAGAAACGCCUUCCCGGCGACACAUCUCUGAUGACUUACCGUGGCCAUGGAGUCUUGCACACUUUGAUCAGAUGUCACUUCUCCCCUGCGUACAGUACUGGUCAACAGUAUGUGUACAGUGGGUGUUCUACUGGUCGAGUUGUCAUAUAUGAUUUGUUGACGGGUCAGAUAGCGAAGAAACUGGCCAACCACAAGGCAUGUGUACGAGACGUGAGCUGGCAUCCAUGUGACACCAGGCUUGUGAGCAGCUCUGUGAGUGAUCAUAGAAAUAACAAGAAAAGGGGGUGUUAA